AUGGUCAAAGUUGUCGUUGCAGGAGCCUCUGGUGGCAUUGGCCAGCCUCUGUCUCUUCUCAUGAAGUCCAGCCCUCUGGUCAGCGAGCUCUCGCUCUACGAUGUUGUCAACACCCCUGGUGUCGCCGCCGAUCUCUCCCACAUCUCGUCGCCCGCAAAGGUCAAGGGUUUCCUCCCCAAGGACGAUGGCAUGAAGCACGCCUUUACCGGUGCUGAGAUGGCANAGCCUGGCAUGACCCGUGACGACCUCUUCAAGAUCAACGCCGGCAUCGUUCGCGACCUAAUCAAGGGCGUGGCCGAGUACUGCCCCGACGCCUUUGUCCUCGUCAUCUCCAAUCCCGUCAACAGCACCGUUCCCAUCGCCGCCGAGGUCCUCAAGGCCGCCGGCAAGUUCAACCCCAAGAAGCUGUUUGGUGUCACUACCCUCGACGUUGUCCGCGCAGAGACCUUUGUCGCUGAAAUUACCGGUGAGAGCGACCCCAGCAAGACCACUAUCCCCGUCAUUGGCGGUCACUCUGGCGAGACCAUUGUUCCCCUGUGGAGCCAGGCCAAGCCCGCCGCGNUCCAAUUCGGCGGUGACGAGGUCGUCAAGGCCAAGGACGGCGCCGGUUCCGCCACCCUCUCCAUGGCCUACGCCGGCUUCCGCUUCGCCGAGAAGCUGCUCAAGGCCGUCAAGGGCGAGUCCAGCAUCACCGAGCCCACAUUCGUCUACCUGCCCGGCGUCGACGGCGGUGACGCCAUCCAAAAGGAGACUGGUUGCGACUUCUUCUCCGUCCCCGUCGAGCUCGGCCCCGAGGGUGCCAAAAAGGCCAUCAAUGUCGUUUCGUCGGCCAACGAUUACGAGAAGAAGCUGUUGACCAAGUGCUACGAGGGUCUGGGCGGCAACAUCAGCAAGGGUGUUGAAUUUAUCAAGAACCCUCCUGCCAAGUGA